UUUUUACAGUAUAUGUGAUUUUGAUCUUACGAAGAGAAAUGAUGUCAUGCAUGUGUCAAAAAGGAAGGUCUUAACUAAAGCACCUCACAUCUUCUGCAUAUCAGCUUAGACACUGUUUGAGGACACACUAACCAGGUGCUCCAUUCUGAUGUAAAGAUGGUGGUUUUCGCGAGCUGUUUAUUUGCAUUCGUUCUCUGCCUAAGAGCAUCAUCUGCUGGUGUUGACUCUUGGAAUGCCGAAAUACCAAAAUCAGUGGUGGGUCUGUCUGGAUCAUGUGUGGUGAUCCCUUGUAAGUUUAACUACCCAUCAAAUGGAAAGAUACACGACGAAAUUACAGGAAUCUGGUACACAGAUAAAUAUGGCAUAAUCUACCACAAUGAGACUUCCGAAAUCAUCAGCAAAUUCAAGGAUCGCACAACUCUUCUUGGUGAUCUACAUCACAAAAACUGCACUUUGCAAAUCAACUCUUUACGUCGCAGCGAUGGUGGAUCGUACAUGUUUCGCAUCGAGAUCAAAGAUUUAGACAAGUUCACAUUCUUGAAGAAUAAAGUUUCUAUUACAGUAAAAGAUUCACCUGAACAACCCACCAUCUCAGUGAAGGAGGAAGUGAUGUCACAAAGACUGAUGACCGCUAACUGUAUCGUGUCACAUUCCUGCCCGUCUGACCCGCCCCAGCUCACCUGGAGCCAUGAAGGGAUGCUCAAGAGUCACCCUCAGCCAAAAAAACACGGUCAAUGGAGAUUAACAUCAUCUCUGACAUUCACACCCUCCAGAGAAGAUCAUAAUAAACCUCUCAACUGCUCUGCAGAGUUCAGUGGUGGGAGAAAAGGGACCAGCAGCAAAACACUCAAAGUUAAAUAUCCUCCUGAGAUUAAAAACGAGUCUUCCUGCAAAUCAGAGCCUCUUACAGUCUGUGUUUGUAUCGUGGACUCCAACCCACCCAGUGAAGUCAAGUGGCUUGGUCCUUUAACAGCUUUCGCCAGCUCUAGUGUUGAACAAAAUGGUUUUCUUACCAUCUUUACCCUUCAGGGGUGGCUGGGUUUCCCUGACGCUGUCCAUUGCUCUGCCAAUAACAGCGAGGGAAACUCUGUCAUAACAAUCCAAGUGCCUCAUAAUGGUAUGAUCAUAUAUAUUGCGGUUGCCACAGCUGCUGCUUUAGUUACUUUAGUGGUCAUUUCAGUUUGUGUAGCCAAAAGACACUGUAGGCGCAGAGCUCUGGAACAGCAUUUAAUGGAUUUGAAAGCUGACCCAAAUGAAAUGAAGACAACCCCAAAGUCUGGCUUAGAAGGCAAAGAAGAGAAAAGCAAUGGCAUUUACACAAACAACCAAGACAACGUUGAUUAUGAGAACUGGGAGUGUGAUUAGAGAGACCUGCCAUGUGGACAAGAUGAAGAUGAAGCAAUCUAUGCUAACACAUAGAAAUAAAUAAACACUUGUUAACGUAAGAUAAGAUGCUUUUUGGAAUAUUCUCAUCAUGCAAGAAAAACAUGAAUCAUUAUGAGGUUUAGUAUAAUUUAUGAAAAUAAUGCGAGCUUGAAUCCACCCUGUAUUUAAAUGGCACAUACCAAAUACUAGAGAUGUUCAGUCAAAUUUCAAUAUUUUGUUGCUGAUAUGUUUAUGUAAUUAAUGAAUAAACUAUUGAUUUGUGUGAACAACCAGGCUUUAUACUGACUCCUGGUGGUCGUUGGAGGAACUUUUGAUGAUUUUAUGUUAAGUUUUUUCUUUUUCUUUUUUUUUUAUAUAAGUCUUAAGUGACACAGUUUGUGACAACGAAAAAAAUAUUUAU